CUAAAUUCGUCGUUAUUUCAUGCCCCCACUUUAUGAGGACCCGAGGGGCUCAGGCAUCGAUAAGACUCACGUGACCCUAUCUAUCCCACUUUUUUCGCUUUUUUCGAGCGCGAGUUUCUUGACCGACAUCAGACGCCAAAAUGCCGCCCCGCCAGUGGAUCGACAAGAAGAAUGCGAGCACUUUCCAGCUCUUCCACCGUUCCCAACAGGAUCCGUUGAUUCACGACCCCCAGGCUGAGGACCGAGUCCUGCACCAAGUUGGCGGUCCUGCUCCUUCUUCCUCCUCUGCGUCGACAACCUCGCAGAAGCCCGUCCGGAACCUCUCCGAGCUCCAGUCCGAAUUCAAGAGCCAAGCGAUCCGCCGCAACGAGGGUGAAGCCGCCAACUAUGGCGUUUACUACGACGACUCCCGGUAUGACUACAUGCAGCAUUUGCGCGAACUCGGCACCGGUGGUGGCGAUGCGCAUUUUGUGGAGGCCAAGGUUGAGAAGGCCAAAGGCAAAGGAAAGGCCAUGAAAUUGGAGGAUGCGUUGCGCCAAGUCUCUUUGGAUGACUCGCAAAGUGCGUACGGGUCGCAGUUUGGCGACCUGCGCUCAACUGCAUCAUCCUAUAUUCGCAAGCCGACGUAUCAAGAUCAGCAGAACGUCCCUGAUGCGAUCGCUGGUUUCCAGCCAGAUAUGGACCCCCGUCUGCGAGAGGCCCUGGAGGCCUUGGAGGAUGAAGAAUAUGUUGAUGACGAGGAUGACGAUCUUUUCGGCGAGUUGACGAAGGAUGGAGAGGAGUUGGAGAAGGGCGAUUGGGAAGAUACCCUGUUUGAUCAGGACGAGUACGAUGAGGGAUGGGAGUCGGAUGCUACCGAGAAGGCGCCCGUGCAGCCAGACAGGACUGAUGCACAGCGACACACGGAAGAGCCAUCAGAACAGGGUCCUUCCAGGGAUCUCGAGUCCGGCGAGAUGCCGGAACAUGACGAGCCCGCUCCGGAUAUGCACCCUGAGGAACAAGGAUGGAUGCAAGAGUUUGCCAAAUUCAAGAAGGAUGCCAAGUCUGGUAAGACUCCAGCGCCAGCUGCGCCAACGAUUGCGCCUUCCGAGCAACGUACCGUUGCUUCGACUGCCUUCACAGCUGGAGGUACUCCGAUUCGCCGCAAGAAGCGAAAGGGUGCUUUGACCAAUCCCUCCGCCUACUCGAUGACUUCCUCUGCGCUGGCUCGUACCGAGGGCCACCGUCUCUUGGAUGAUCGGUUCGAAAAGGUCGAGGCUUUGUACUCCCUCAAUGAGGAGGAUGAGUAUGAUGAUAGUAUGUCCAUGGUCAGCGGCAUGACCGGAGCCACCGGCAUGACCGGUAUGUCCACCGCCUCGUCCAUGGCGCCCAGUCUCGUCGACGGAAACGGUGCAGCAGUCUCGCGCAGCGAUUUCCACAACGUCAUGGAUGACUUCCUCGCCGGCUGGGACGACAACACCAGUGCUCAAGCCAAGCGUAAAGGCACUAAAUACAAGCGUGGCAAGCACGGUAACGAGGCUAUUGGUAUUCGCAUGCUUGAUGAAGUGCGCUCCGGCCUCGGUCCCGCUCGCUUUUCCGCUAGUAGUAAUGGUCGGAAGGUGCCCGGGCGAGCUUAGAGGGAUGCGAGAAAUGCAUGCAUGAUACGACACUGCAAUGGAAUUACCCAAUCAUGAUACGGAGUUAGGGUUUGUUUUUGGUCUCUUUUUUCUGGAUACAUAAAUUCAUUUCUUUGCAUAUGCGCUAGGGUUGAUACAAUGGCUAAAAUAAAAAGUGAUUUUGUUCCAUGGUUUAUAAUCUGUGUUCAACCCAGUAGUAUACCUUGCAACAUGUCCCAAGAAUUAACU